AUGGCCCAGAUUCCACCGACGAUGGCUCAAGUUGUUGCUCCGGCGGCUCCACCACCACCGCAAGUUGCGGUGCCUGCUGCUGCUGGACAACCGCAACAAGCCGUCAUGCAGCAGGGGCCAACGGUGCCAAACAUGGGCUAUCCGCCGAACUCGACCUACUCGAUGGCGUCGCUCUACAUUGGCGAUCUUCACGGAGACGUCACUGAAGCGAUGCUGUUCGAGAAGUUCAGUAUGGCGGGACCGGUGCUUUCGAUUCGUGUGUGCCGCGACAAUUCCAGUCGCCUCUCGCUCGGAUACGCCUACGUCAACUUCCAACAACCCGCUGAUGGUAAGUUCCCUUAUCAAUUGCGUGCCGCCACGUUAUCACUGUAUCCUUUUUUGGGGGGAACUGGGGACAGGGGUCGGGCAACAAGAAGAACAUGGGAAGAGAGAACGAAAGUGAGUGAGAGAGAGCUAGCAGGGAGUGGGCCACACUGACGAAAUAGUACGGAGAACACCGGAGACCGAGAGCCUCGCAAACCAAUGUCGCGUUGUUUUAUAUCAUCACAUGCACACACACACACACACCGCCACCACCGCCAAACCGUCCCCUGCCUCCUCUUCAGCUAGCACGGCCCAGCGCGGCCGGCCGGCCGACCAACCAACCGACCAUCGUCGUGUAUGGCUAACGCUGUGCAGUAUUGCAAAAUAAACGAGGAGAGCCUCGUCGCAUAAGGUGUGACGUACCAUUAUGUGAACGGAUUUGGAAGGAUGGGAAACGGAAUGAUGUGACGUCAGAGUACGGGAAGAAUCUGAGGACCUAGGCUGGUCGAACAGGCACCUGAAAUCGCCUGUUCGACCAGCCUACUGAGGACCUAUUAAUGAGGAUGAUGUUCGGGAGAAAAUAAAUUGACUGACAUCUCUAAUUGGGACGUCAUGUUAAAGUGCCAGUAGCAUCAUAGAGAGCACAUCAAUUAGCACGAAGGUGUCUUAGAUGGAAGAGCACCUCUGGAUGGGGUCUGAACGAGAAGUAAUACUGUAGGGACCUAAAUGCUGAUGUCUGAUUUCCAAUGCAGAAAUAUCACUAAUUUAUUUUCAGCGGAACGUGCUCUGGACACCAUGAACUUUGAGAUCAUUCAUGGACGUCCAAUGCGCAUCAUGUGGUCGCAACGUGAUCCAGCGGCUCGUCGUGCCGGCAACGGUAACAUCUUCAUCAAGAACUUGGAUCGUGUCAUCGACAACAAGUCGAUCUACGACACAUUCUCGCUCUUCGGAAACAUCCUCUCGUGCAAGGUGGCGACCGAUGAGGACGGCACCAGCCGCGGAUACGGAUUCGUCCACUUCGAGACCGAAGCCUCGGCUCAAAGCGCCAUUGACAAAGUCAAUGGCAUGCUCCUUUCCGGCAAGAAAGUGUAAGUUGACGAUAAAUUAAAGUGCAAACCAUUUCAUUCUCCUUUUUUUCAGCUAUGUCGGAAAGUUCCAGCCGAAGGCCCAGCGCAUGAAGGAGCUUGGAGAGAGCGGAAUCAAGUACUCGAACGUGUUCGUCAAGAACUUCGGAGAGCACCUUGAUCAGCAGAAGAUCAUCGCCAUGUUCUCGAAGUUCGGAACCAUCACCAGCGCCGUAGUGAUGACUGAUGCCAACGGCAAGCCGAAGGGCUUCGGAUUCGUCGCCUUCGCCGACCCGGAUGAUGCUGCCAAGGCUGUUGAGGCCAUGAACGACUCCAUCCUCGAGGGAACCGAGCUGAAGCUUGCCGUGUGCAGAGCCCAGAAGAAGUCCGAGCGCACAGCCGAUCUGAGAAGAAAGUAUGAGGCCCUCAAGCAAGAACGCGUUCAGCGCUACCAAGGAGUCAACCUCUACGUUAAGAACAUUGAGGAAGAUCUCAACGAUGAUGGUCUUCGUGAUAUCUUUGCCUCGUUCGGAGCUAUCACCUCCGCAAAGGUGAUGGUUGAUGAGAACGGAAGAUCCAAGGGAUUCGGAUUCGUGUGCUUCGAGAAGCCAGAUGAGGCCACCGCCGCUGUCACCGAGAUGAACUCCAAGAUGAUUGGAACCAAGCCGCUUUACGUGGCACUGGCCCAGCGCAAAGAGGACCGUCGUGCCCAGUUGGCUUCUCAGUACAUGCAGAGACUUGCUACUCUUCGUAUGGGACAGCAGCAAGCCGGAAUUCCAGGAAUGCCACCGCAUCUCUACCAACAACAGGCCGGAUAUUACGUGCCACCGAUGGUAAGCGCAACAAUUUUCCACUCAAACUUCCGCAUCAAUCACAUAUUUCAGGGUCAGGGACGUCCACCAUUCCCACCACAAUCCGCCCAAAUGCGUGGACCGCCCGGACAGCGCAUGUACAACAACCAGGUCUUCCUGCAGUAUCCGUUCAACCAGCAACAGCGCCAACCGUACCCGCCACAGCAAGGACGCCCGGCUAUCCGCACUAACGACAACCGCCCGCAAUACUCAACUGGAAUGGCUCCACAACGACCAACUGGACCACAAGGAGGACAGAGACAAAUGGGAGGAGCCCCGAUCAAUCGCCAGGUAAUUUUGAAAACGUUUUGAGAAGCGUUACAUUCGGAGAUUCAUGAUGGACAAGCUGGACAGAUUGACAAAAAAAAUACAAUUAUAAACUUUGUAAAACAAGAGUGUUGUGAUUUCAGCAUGGAGGAGCCCCACGUGGAGGUGCCCCACAGAAGCCAUUCUACCCGGGACCACAACGCAACCAGCAAGCGCAACACCAGCCACAGCAACAACAGCACGGAUCGGCGACUACCCAGUCUGGAAUCGUCAUCCACGGACAGGAGACUCUUACCUCGCACAUGCUGGCUCAGGCUGCUCCACAAGAGCAGAAGCAGCUACUCGGCGAGCGUAUCUAUGCUCUUAUCGAGAAGUUGUUCCCGAAUCACAAGGAGGCCGGAAAGAUCACCGGAAUGAUGCUGGAGAUUGACAACGCCGAGUUGAUCAUGAUGCUGCAGGACGGCGAGCUGUUCCGCAGCAAGGUCGAGGAAGCCUUCCACUGCCUGACCAACGCGCAGAACACAACCGACGGAGCGGCACCUUCAAUUGUGAAACCAUGA